UCAAAAGUUUUAUUGCAAACAUAAACAAAGUGAGGCAGCGGUCGGAUAAAGGCAAGUUUCGAAAGAUUUCUCGUCGGGAAAUUAGUUCAGUAAAGAGAGCGUUAGCAAAAAACCCUCAUUCAACCAGCUCCAAAAUAUUCAAUGAAGCUGGAGUUCCCUCAAGAUCAAGAGCUGGACGGUGUAUGAUUUUAAGGAGCAUUGGGAAAAUUACUAAACCAACAAUUAAACCACCAUUAAAACAUAGACAUAAGUUGGCUCCUCUCGACUGGGCUAAAUCAUACAUGAAAACCAAUUUUGAAAAUGUUUUGUUCACUAAUGAGUCACAGGCAACUCUCAACGGUCCAGAUGGUUGGAUGAGUGGCUGGUUACUACAUGGUACAACUCCACAGAGCAAGAUUAGGAGACAACAAGGUGGUGGAGGUGUCAUGAUUUGGGCAGGAAUCAUUAAUGACGUGAUGGUGGGCCCAUUCCGUGUCCCUGAUGGAGUAAAAAUGAAAGCCCAAUCGUUUGUAGAAUUCCUGAAAAAAACUUCCUUCUCUGGUACAAAAAGCAACCAUUAACACUAAAGAGAAAAAUGAUAUUCAUGCACGACAAUGCCCCCUCACAUGCAGCUUGUUACACUUGCGAAGCCCUAAGCAAGUUUGGGUUUAAGGAAGGUCGUUUAAUGAUGUGGCCAGCGUGUUCGCCUGAUCUUAACCCCAUUGAGAAUUUUUGGUCAUUACUUAAAAGCAAAGUGUACGAAAGUGGCAAGCAAUUCUCAUCUAAAAACUGUCUCUGGGAAGCAAUUCAAAGCUGUGCAGCUGCUAUACAUAAGGAUGCAAUUAAAAACCUAACGGAUUCCAUGAACAAUAGACUUAUCAAAGUGAUUAGUGCAAAGGGGGUUACAUUCAUUACUGACAAUUAG